AUGUCCAACGUAUGUGGAUAUAUUGCAAUAUGUCAUCCAUUUAAAGCCAAGACCCUAUGUACCAUACGAAAUAGCUACAAGGCUAUUUUUGCGGUGUGGAUUUGUGCUGGUGUUAUAUCUGUUCCUACGGCCUUUGUGAUUACAGAAGUAGAAUACUUUGGGGGUCUCCCACAAUGUGACCUGUACGUAUCCAGUGAUAUAUAUGCCAGGCUCUUUAGCCUGCACCUGCUUUUGGUGGUAUUGUGCAUCCCCCUAGUGAUAAUGUCAGCCAUGUAUGCUUUGACAACACAGACGUUGUGGUGGAGCAUCAGUAAUGCACACAAAUUGAAGGAAGCCGGUGAAGCUGGACAAGGUAAUGGAAGGGUGCAGACUAACUACAAACAACAGGAAGAUAUAAAUGGAAGAAUACAAGUCAUCAAAAUGUUAAUUAUGGUUGUUGCCAUAUUCAUUAUUUGUUGGGCUCCAGUAAGAGUGAUAGCGGUGUGUGACGUAUUUGGCAAGAUAGCUUUAUCACAGGACGUGAAGAAACACCUAAAUACAGCGAUGGCAGCUUUGGCGUACAGCAAUAGCUGUCUGAAUCCGAUCAUAUACUGUUUCAUGUUGAAACAGUUCAGAAGAGGAUUUCUCCAUAUAAUUUCAUGUGGAAAGCAUAUUGAUGGACCUUACACUGAUCGAGAUCGCAGUUCUUUCAGCCUCAAAUCUGCCAAUACAGGAACAGAGUCAAUCGCUGAUUCGUCACACAUGUGAAAGAUUAUCAGUGAUUUAGCGCAUUGUAGUAUCUAUCAAUGGUGCAGGAUGCAUAUCAAAUUGACCAAAUGAUUUAGCACACAGGUGAUGCAGCACAAUGCACACAAGUGGAAAAUGACCAGUAAUGCAGCACAAUGCACACAAGUGGAAAUUGACCAGUAAUGCAGCACAAUGCACACACGUGGAAACUGACCAGUAAUGCAGCACAAUGCACAC